AUGAAGCCCUGGCUUCUAUGGCUACAAUGUCUGUCGCUACCUCGCCUUUUGGAGUCCCUAGUCUGCUACAGUUGUACCGCGACCAUGUCCUCAGCUGUAGACGAAAGUGCUCAGAUAGCGAUGAGAAUAUUCCUGGAGUCAACGUACUAUCUACCAGCUGUUCAUAGGUAUUGUGCUAUGGAGAAUGAUAUAGAGUUCAAGAGUGUGCCAACCUCACAAUGUAACGCCAACGAUAAGUGUGUGAAGAUAUCUGCAGAUGGGAACGGUAAGUCUGUUGAACAAUGUAAAAGAAAGCUUUGGGUAAACGACAACCAUAAAACGAUCACAUGAUGUAUGUAACACAACAAAGUCACGUGAUGUUCACAAACAAACCACUUUCAGGUCUCCAGUUCGUGAUACGAGGCUGUGAAUCCCAGAUCUACAAGCCCAACAUUGGAGUGCACGAUGUGGGUUGUCGCUCAGGCACAUCCCCAUCGUUAUGUUACUGUGAAGAAAACCUGUGUAAUGACAGCUACAUGUCACGGGCCUCGUAUCUGCUCCUCACCAUCUGCUACGUGAUCUACAGACUCCAGUAG